UUCCCCCGAAGCAACACAGUCACUCACUCCACAAAGCACCUCUCCUUCACCCCUCUUUUACCUCUUCCUCUUCUGUCAAACUAAAACUAACCAUUAACCAACCUCCUCACUCAGCUUCAAACAAAAACCCCAGUAAGUAAGAUAAAAACCCCUUACCCAAAUAAACAAACAAACAUCAUCGCACUCCACAGAGAUGAACAAUCCCUCCUCUCUCCUCUCGUUAACCAUUAUAGAUUAGCCAGGAAGCAACGUGCUGCUUCAAAGCUCAAACACUAUACAAGAAGAGAAAAAAAAAGUUUUUUUUUUUUUGGGUUGUGUUUGUAUAGUGAGAGAGAGAGAGAGAUGGUGGGCUCAGGAGCAGGAACAGAUAGAAGCAAAGAAGCUGUUGGGAUGAUGGCCCUUCAUGAGGCCCUCAGAAGAGUCUGUCUCAACUCAGACUGGACUUACUCUGUCUUCUGGACCAUUCGUCCUCGCCCGAGACUCCGAGGUGGUAAUGGCUGCAAGGUCGGGGACGACAACGGCACCUUGAUGUUGAUGUGGGAAGAUGGGUUUUGCCGAGGAGGUUGUCUGGAAGAUGUUGAUGGAGAGGAUCCUGUCAGGAAGGCCUUCAGCAAGAUGUCCAUUCAGUUGUAUAAUUAUGGAGAAGGGUUGAUGGGGAAAGUUGCAUCUGAUAAGUGCCACAAGUGGGUCUUUAAAGAGCCCACAGAAUGUGAGCCCAAUAUCUCCAACUACUGGCAGAGCUCCUUUGAUGCUCUUCCACCUGAAUGGACAGACCAGUUUGAGUCAGGCAUUCAGACCAUAGCUGUAAUUCAAGCUGGCCAUGGCCUUCUCCAACUUGGUUCUUGCAAGAUUAUUCCUGAAGACCUCCAUUUUGUGCUAAGAAUGAGACACACUUUUGAAUCCCUUGGCUACCAAUCUGGCUUCUACCUCUCCCAACUCUUCUCUUCAACGAGGAACACUUCCUCCUCCACUUCUCUUCCUUCAAAACCAUCCACCAUUCCAAUUAGGCCACCUCCUCCACUCUUCAACUGGGGUCACCAGAGGCCACUCACUUCUGCCACCUCCAUGCUAUCCUCUCCAAAUUUCCAACAACAUGCAGCUAGGCUUGGUUUCCCAAAAGAUGAGGCACACAUGUUUCUCAUGCCACAUGUAUCAUGCGAAGGUGCAAGAAUUGAGGAUGUGAUGGGGGAGCAUGAAAACGACAUCAAAUGGCCCAAUGGCUUGUCUUUCUUCAAUGCCCUCACUGGAAGAUCAGAUGAUGCUAAACUUUUGUUCAAUCCUGAGAGCUUAGGUAACAAACCAUGUGAUCAGAGUCAACAUCAACAUCACCACCCUCUUGGUCAAAAUCCCAGUUCUGAUGUGCAAAAUGCCAACACAAAUGAGUUCUUGAGCUUGGAAAGCCACCAAGAUGAUGCAAGGAAAAUGGACAAGUUCAAGAGGAGCUUCACUCUACCUGCAAGAGUGGCUUCAUCAUCUUCUUCCACUUCAAUGGAUCACCAUCAACAAGGUGUGGAGUAUAGGAAUAAUUCAGAAGGAGGUAUGUACCCGGAUGUCAUGGAGACCUUUUUGGAGUGAAUUAUGGGAAGGGAAAAAAAAAACCAAAGAUGAGAAUUUGUAACUAGGAAAAGUUGCUAUUUUGUGUUGUUCCUUUUUCAUGUGUUGGCUUUUCACUUUGUAUCUUGUGUUUCUUCUGUCUUCCACUUAAUGAGACUUGAUUAAUGAUCAUUUGUUUGUUUCUUCUAGUUCAAUUAGACAUAAAGUUCCCUUACGAUCGGUGUUUUAAAUUUUAGAUACUAGGUCAUCAUUGUACGAUUGAAUAAAAAUUAUGAAAAGUCACACUAAUCAUUUCAGGCA